CAUCACAUGUCAUCCAUCAUUUACGAUACAAUACAUACGCCUAUACAUACACCGAUACACCAAAAAAAAGUGUUUUUUGAUCCAAAACCCUAUCUUCAUCUCAUGGGCCAGGGCCACCUCCAUCUUCCAUUUCCCCUUCUAUAUAUACACACACACACACUGACACACUGCCCAUGUGUCCAUUUCUCAACCGCGAAAACGUCACUUCAACUUUCCCUGCUUUUCCACUUUCCCCAAUCCGCCAUUGAAAUCGUUUGGAAUUCCCCAGAAUCAGAAAAUGAGGUCGAUGAAUCUUGUGAAUUCUUGGGCCCGGAUAACCGCCCCACCGCACGAGUGCUUCGCCGGCGGAUUUGUGGGUAAUCCGGUGAAACCCAAGAGGUUCUUGAAAUUCCGGCGAAGGCCCGUUUCCGGUUUUGCUGUCUCGGCGGUUCUGUUGAAGCAGGAAGAGGGUUUAAUGGUUAGUGUGGAUGGGAGCUUUGAUUUCACGGCGUAUAUGACGGAAAAGGCCUGCGCCGUGAAUAAGGCGCUCGAUGAGGCGGUUUCCGUCAAGAACCCUACGACCAUCCACGAGGCAAUGAGGUACUCGUUGUUGGCCGGCGGGAAGAGGGUGAGGCCCAUGCUAUGUAUCGCCGCUUGUGAGCUCGUCGGCGGGGAGCAGACCGACGCCAUGGCCGCCGCUUGCGCGGUGGAGAUGAUCCACACGAUGUCCCUCAUCCACGACGAUUUGCCCUGUAUGGACAACGACGAUCUUCGCCGCGGCAAGCCCACCAACCACAAGGUCUUCGGCGAGGACGUGGCGUUGCUCGCCGGCGACGCGCUUCUCUCCUUCGCCUUCGAGUUCUUAUCCACCACCGCCGGCGCCGGAGCCUCACCGUCCAGAAUCCUCCUCGCCGUCGGCGAGCUCGCGAAAUCAAUCGGAACCGAAGGCCUCGUCGCCGGGCAAGUCGUCGAUAUCCAGUGCACCGGAAAGCCCAACGUCGACCUCGACGAGCUCGAAUUCAUCCACGUUCACAAAACCGCCGCCCUGCUCGAAGCCGCCGUCGUUCUCGGCGCCAUUCUCGGCGGCGGGACCCACGAAGAGGUGGAGAAACUGAGAAAAUUCGCACGGUGCAUCGGCCUGCUAUUCCAGGUGGUGGAUGACAUCCUCGACGUCACGAAAUCUUCUGAAGAGCUCGGAAAAACCGCCGGAAAAGAUCUCGUCGCCGAUAAGAUGACGUACCCGAAGCUUCUGGGAUUGGAAAAAGCGAGGGAAUUUGCAGAGAAGUUGAACGCAGAGGCUAAAGAACAGCUCGUUGAGUUCGAUCAGCAAAAGGCAGCGCCUUUGAUUGCUUUAGCAGAUUACAUAGCUUAUAGACAGAAUUAAAUAUUAACAAUACUAUUGGGAAAUUUGGAAAACUUUUAAUAUAAUAAAAAUAUCAUUUAUAUAUUUUUAUUUUGAAGAAAAA